GCGACACACACGCAAGCCGGAAUUUAUUUUUACUUCACGCGCUGUUAUUCGAUUUAUUUAAUAAAUUCAUUUCUCGCUUGCAAUGUCAGUGAAAAAUUGGCGACUUCUUGUGUUUUGCGCGUUUGUGGCGCUACCACAAAUUCGUUGUGCAAUCUACGCUUACGAUGUAGAUCGCAAUAAUAGUACGAAUAGUAUCAACGAUCGGCCGGCUGGCUGGCUGCAGGCAGCGCAGGAUAUGAUCGCCAGCCCCGCGGGGCAUGUGGUGACACAGGUGGCCAAGGAGCUGAUCAAUCGCUCCACGGGCAAUAGUCAAGUACUCAGCUUGAAUCUCACGAAUCUACUGAUCAUAAUUUUACUAAAAAUAUUAAUAUUUGCCGCUGGCAUGUUGGGCGCUGGACACUGGAGUGGCUAUGGAUAUGGCUAUGGCCAUGCGAGAAGUGCAAGUGACCUCAACUUUGGUUUGAGCGAUGGUGAGGAUUAUCUUAUCACCGGGUUCUUAGCGGCACAAGGCAUCGGGCUUGAUGACUGUCUAUAUGCAGCGGCAUGCGCCAGCCCGAAUGUGGCCUAUGAAUAUGCAAAAGCGGCAAAGGCACUAAUCGAAGGCAUCGAAAAGUACGAGGGCAAUGCCUUCAAUAAUCCACGCUACAACGAUCUCAUUGUGCUGAUGGAGAAGGCGGCCUAUGAUGGCUAUCGCGGCUUGCCCUGCAACAGAUCGUCGAAAUGCGACAAUAUCAUUUGAAGAGACCGGUACACCGUUAUUUAUAUAUAAACAAAUACAUUUAAUGAUUAUUUUAUUAUUGCAUUAUGGUUCAAUUAUCAAUAAGUAAUUUAGCAUUUUUCAUAAUUUAUUAAACACAUUAUCAAUUAUGCUAGCGUUGUUUAUAAAAAAUCUUAAUCGCUUGGUA